AUGUUACUUGGGGCAAAUCGGAUUGAACAUGCACUGUCGGAAGGACGUCGUUUGGCUGCAAUUAAACAUAAUGAAAAUGUCGGUGUUAAUCGUCGAAUAUUAACACGUUUAAUACAUGUUAUUUGUUUUCUGGGAAAGCAAGAAAUAGCUUUUCGUGGUCAUAACGAAGAUAGUUCUUCUAUAAAUAAAGGAAAUUAUUUAGAACUUUUAGAUUUACUUUCUCGAGAAGAGCAACUUCUCAGAGAACAUUUUAUGUCGAAUUCAGUUUUUAAAGGAACAUCAAGCGAUAUUCAAAACGAUUUAAUUUCCUGUAUUACUAGUGUGUUAAAAACUAAAAUUUCAAACGAAUUACAAAAAGCAAAUUUUAUUUCUAUUCGAGCUGAUAAAACAACAGAUGUAUCUUGUAAAUCUCAAAUGAGCAUUAUAUUUAGAUAUGUAGUCGAUAACAAAAUUGAAGAGAGGUUUAUAGGAUUUUUCGAUGUAUCAAAAGAUAAAUCUGCCUUUGGCCUAUCUGAAAUUUUAUUAACAGAAAUAAAAAAUUGGAAUAUAGGUGAUAAACUAGUGUGUCAAACAUAUGACGGAGCAGCUGUUAUGGCAGGGCAAAAGAAUGGAGUUCAAGAUAUUAUUAAACAGUCGUAUCCAAAAGCAAUGUUCAUACAUUGUUAUGCUCACCAACUUAACCUAGUGUUUCUACACGGAUCAAAAUCGAUAAAAUCUGUGAAAAUAUUUAUAAGUGAUUUGACUAUGUUUCAUACAUUUUUUAGUAGAUCACCAAAAAAAAGUCAGCUUUUAAGGGAAAAAGGGUUUAAACUUCCUCAAAGUUGUGAAACGAAGUGGAAUUAUCACUCCAGAGCUGCUGCAACUAUUACUACCCAUUUUAUAGAAUUGAAAAAAGCGAUAACUUGUGUUACAGACGAAGACGACUGGGAUCCAAUAACUAUAAAUAUGGCAUAUGAUCAUGUAUUUUUAAUACUACAGACUAAAUGCACUGCUGAUGUUCAAUAUUGUGUCAAUCAAAUAAAAAUAUUUUCUGAUCAAUUAAUUGCAAUGAGAAAAGAGGAGACUAUAUCAAUAUGUUACAAUUUACUAGAUGUAUAUCAAGAACUUUCAAAAUUAUUACAAUUAGUAUUAUGCAUCCCUGUAACAACUUCUUCUAGUGAGAGGAAUAUGAGUGCUUUGAAACGUAUUAAAACGUUUUUAAGAAAUUCUAUGAACAAUGACCGAUUGUCAAAUUUGUCAUCACUGGCCAUUGAAAAACAAAUGUUGAACGAGUUAUCCACAGAUCCUACAUUUAUUGAUGAAAUUUCCAAACAACAAAAUACACUUUUGUAUGCAGUGAACACUUCAUAUCUGAUCACUAUCAAUUCCGCCCUGCAGCAUCUGUUAAAAGAUAAUGCUUAUCCAAGAAUAUUCAAUGGUUUUCCUAAGUAUUUACAAGACAGAAUGCUACAAAAUAAUGCUAAAGAAACCGGUUGCCACUACUUUAACGAAAUGGAAGAAUUUGCACUGGCUGUGAUCGGUUAUUGUCAAAACCGAGUGUUCGGAUUGAACAAUUGA